UAACAACCAUAUUUGUUCAACCGCAUCCAGCUGGGAUGGAUAAAAGUCCACAAGACUUCUUAGAAAGAAAGGGGGGGAAAAGCACAUUUCAGGAUUUCUUGGAAAAAGUGGAGAUUUAGUUUAGUUUUUAGGAUCAGCAGGCUCUGCUGGAUAUGAUUAAAAAUACAAAAUAGUUGCACGUGUUGCUUUGUUUCCAGUCUGCUACACAUGUUUUUGUGAAUUUGUUCAGACAAUUUUUUUUUAACUUGAAAAAUGUGGUGAAAAUUAAGCAUCAGUAUUAGACUCAGCAGCCUUUCAUGGCCUAAAGUAAAGGAUGUGGGCUUAUGUGGAUUUCCUGGAUAGAUUCUCUAAAAAAGAAAUGUCAGGAGAGAUUUAAUAAGCUGAAAUACAUACAAAAUAAUAUAAUAAAACUGAAGAUGCCUUGUUCACAACAGGAUAAAACAGUAAAUAAUAAAUAAAUAAAAGUUCCAGUACACACAAGUAGGCUAUGCUACAUAUAAGAUAAGCCACUGUUUUAUAAAUAAACUGAGAAAUACUAUUUCACAAUUCCAGACAAAGAUCUCCUAGCACAACACAGAAUAGUCACUAGCACUUAUUACUGCACUAAAGGCUCUUAUUGCACUAUUCCUUGUUUGUUCCUCUUUCUUUCUGUAAGUCGCUUUGGAUAAAAAGCGUCUGCUAAAUGGCUAAAUGUAAAUGUAAAGCUAUUCGAAUAAGAUCGUUUAACAAAAACAAGCAUAAUCCAAAAGACAAGGUGGGAAACAAAAUGCUGUUUCUAGGGUAAACCCGUUUAUUGUCACAAGAACAACUUGCUAUCUCAAACGUAAUUACUCCGACAAACCUCCGAGAAAAGCUCUCGCCGUGUUUUCCACCAGCAUCGAGGGGAAAUCUAUAUUACUGGAAACAGCCUGUGUGCAUUCCUAUUAUCUUUAAUGUCGAGGCGGUGAAUUCCCAGAAAGAAGGCUCUGUCAGGGCCGCCCGGCGGGGCGGAGUCAAGCCCUGCAAUUAUUCCUGGAAAGCGGAUAGGGAGAAGCUGUCGCGCGAUUCCUGGGAGCGAGCGCCGGUUCAGCGAAGCCACGAGCCGGCGGGUGAAACCCGGGGGAGGCGCGAGCCCCGCGACCCGGGCCGCGCGCGGCGCCGUGUCCUCCCGGUUAUUAACAAUAAAAAUAAAAACAUAAACCGUUUCUUGGGUAGAAACGCGCCCGCCACCGGAGCGGUGCGGCUGCCUGUUGCAGCGCGAGACAACCGGCGGCGGUUGGUGCGGGAUGGGAGUUGGUGCGGCCGGUGUGACGUCAGAGCCGCCGGUGCUGUUCUCAGAAUAGACUUCUAGGAAACGGUAAUUUUUAAAAGCCAAGCCUUUACACUCUGUCCUUCACACAUUUGGAUCCCAUUCUGGCGACAACACACUCCAACUCGCUGCUGACGGAGAUUUCUACCUUUUCAACUCAUUGUUUUCAUCUUUUAACUGGAUAUUUUUUAUUAUAUUCAGUGUUCUUACAUAAACUACAGGACCAGACUCUUGCUCUUACCGGGUACACGGCGCUCUUUUAUUGUCCUUUUCAUAUCUUGCCAAUGUUAAGGCUCAUUUUCCCGUGAAAGGUGUUUUUUUGUUCCCGAUUCUUGAGAAAGUCUCUUUAUGUUUCGGAUAUUUUCUGAAGAACAAACACCGACCGGAUCUUAAUCCAGAGGAUUCAACAAAUAGCAUGAUUCUUUGUGUACCAGGCCCCAGAGCUGCUCUGCCCACUGCUCCGUCUUCUGAACCCCCGCGGGGCAUGCGGGCAGGAACAGUACCUCCUGCCCCUUGCCUUCAAAGCACCCCGCCGCUAUGGGACCCCACAAAGGACCUGCGGGCGAUUGCCAGCAAUUUCUGCUACCUAGAAAAUUCAGGAUGGUACUGGGGAGCUGUGACUGCAGCUCAGGCCCACGCUGCUCUUCAAGAGGCGUCUGAAGGAGCUUUUCUGGUGCGAGACAGCAGCCACCCUCUGUACAUGCUGACCCUCUCGGUCAGGACUGCACGCGGGCCCACCAGCAUCCGGAUCCAGUACAGCGGCGCCCAGUUUCUGCUGGACUCCAGCUCCCCGGCCCGGCCCAGCCUGUCGUCCUUCCCCAGCGUGCCCAGCCUGGUGCAGCACUACAUGGGACCAGAGAGGAAAGCGGAGGAGGGGAAGGUGGUGGAGGAGGCUCCUACAAAACCCUCUCAACAGACAAUUCAGGACACAUCGGUGGUGCUAAAACUGAAGCGGGCCGUGUACAAGCCCCAGGGCCUCCCCUCCUUGCAGCACCUCACACGCCUCGUCAUCAACAGACACUCGGACCGCACCGACCAGCUACCACUCCCGAGGCCUCUGCUGCGCUACAUACAGGACUACCCCUUCAAAGUAUGAGGGGUCCCUCAAGUCCAUCGUUAUGACUUAAUGGAAAAAAACUGCAACAGGUCCCUUUGUGCCUGUGGUGCUGCUCCAGCAGCUGGAGGCCAGUCAUGAUUAAACUGGACACAGGGUCGUCUUUUUUGCUGACGAAAUGUGUACAAAUUAAGUUAAUGCUGACGUGCCUGGUUUUCAGACUUAAUCUGUGGAGGACUUGGUGGUGUCGGCCCCGGAGGAGGCAGA